UCCGUGUAGUCAGCGUGAGGAGCCAGAGCGCUGCGCGGAGAGAGGGACGCUAGCUGGGAGGCGAACGCAUCCACUUCUGUGCACCUGUAAGAAAAUACGCAUCCAUCGCUGUUUGACGCAGAACGGAUUGAAAGUCCAUCUGAGAGGUCUGGUAGAGGAACGAAAUCGUUGGAGGAAAAAGGACAUCACUAGAUCCACACAGCUUGCUGACAGACGUGGACAGUGCUGGGGCAUUGUGGUGCUUUGAUGAGAGAUACCUUCACAGACACGUCAGCCAUGGAGAGGAAGGGGAAUUGUUUGCCCUACAAAGGAGCACUGCUUGUGGUGUUCCUGGGUCACAUGAUCACAGCGUUGGAAGUGCCUCUUGACCCUAAAGUUCUGGAAGGAUUGCCACAGCCGCCAACCAUAACUCAGCAGUCCCUGAAAGACUACAUUAUCGACCCGAGGGAGAACAUCGUUAUCCACUGCGAGGCCAAAGGGAAGCCUCAUCCCAGCUUCUCAUGGACCAGAAACGGGACACAUUUCGACAUAGACAAGGACUCCAAAGUGAUCAUGAAGCCCAACUCUGGCACCCUGGUCAUUGACAUCAGUGGGGAGAAAGCCGAGGUGUAUGAGGGGGUCUACCAGUGCACAGCCCGCAACGAGCAUGGGACCGCCGUCUCCAACAACAUCGUCAUCCGCCAGUCCAGGUCCCCCUUGUGGUCAAAGGAGAGAAUUGAGCCCAUUCUGGUGCAGGAGGGAAUGCCGCUGGUUCUGCUUUGCAGGCCACCUGCUGGGCUGCCCCCUCCCAUCAUAUUCUGGAUGGAUAACAACUUUCAGAGACUACCCCAGAGCAGCCGCGUCUCCCAGGCCUUAAACGGAGACCUGUAUUUCUCCAAUGUGCUUCCCGAAGACACACGCAACGACUACAUCUGCUACGCACGCUUCCCCCACACCCAGACCAUACAGCAGAAGCAGCCCAUCUCUGUCAGGGUCUUAAGCAUGGAUUCAAUCAAUGAGACAAUGGCAGCUUUAUUGAAUGACACUGAUUUUUUCAGUGACACCCCCGCGACGGAGCGGCGCCCGACCAUCCUGGUCCCGUCCGUACCCAGCAGCACCAAGAUGGUCCUGAGGGGAGAGGUUCUGGAGCUGGAGUGCAUCGCAGAAGGCCUGCCGACACCCGAGGUCUUCUGGAGCAAAGAGAGCGGGGACCUACCUAGCGGACGGACCACCUUCCGGUCCUUCCAGAAGACCCUGCGGAUCACGGGCGUGACGGAGGCGGAUGCCGGGGACUACCGCUGCACGGCCAGGAACCACCUGGGCUCCGUGCACCACAUCGUCACCGUCACCGUGAAAGCUGCCCCGUACUGGAUAAGCGCACCCAGGAACCUGAUUCUGGCCCCCAAAGAGAACGGGGUCCUUAUCUGCAGGGCCAGCGGAAACCCCAAGCCGGUCAUCACAUGGUACAUGAAUGGCAUUCCCAUUGAGAAUGCACCCAAAGACCCGAGCAGGAAGGUGGAGGACGACUCCAUCAUCUUCUCCGACAUUCAGACCGGAUCCAGCGCGGUUUACCAGUGUAACGCCUCCAACGAGUAUGGCUACCUACUGGCCAAUGCCUUUGUCAAUGUUCUUGCCGAACCUCCUAGACUUCUGACUCCGCCCAACAAAGUGUACCAGGUGAUCAGGAACAGCCCUGCCCUGCUGGACUGUGCAGCUUUUGGGUCGCCGACUCCAAACAUCACAUGGUUCAAGGACAGCCAGACCAGUAUUUUGGAUGGGGACCCCUAUGUUCUCCAUGAGAACGGGACCCUGGAGAUCCACGUGGCUCAGAGCAUGAACAGCGGCAAAUACACCUGUGUGGCCAUGAACUCCCUGGGCAAAAAGGAGAACCACGUCUACCUGGAGGUCAAAGAGCCGACCAGGAUCCUGAAGCAGCCUGAAUACCAGGUGGUGCAGAGGAACGGGAUGGCCAUGUUCGAGUGCAAGGUGAAACAUGACCCCACCCUGGUGCCCACCAUGACCUGGCUGAAGGACAGUGGGGAGUUACCUGAUGAUGAGAGGUUUGUGGUGGACUCCGAGAGUCUAACCAUCAAGGAUGUGACCGAGAGGGACGAGGGGACCUACACCUGCGUCAUGAACACCACGCUGGACCAGGACUCGGCCAGCGCCGUGCUAACGGUCAUCGAGCCUACCCCAACUCCAGCUAUCGUCUACGAGCAACCUGACCCCCCGACCGACCUGGAGCUGACGGAGGAGCAGGCGCGGAGCAUCCAGCUCACCUGGAUACCUGGGGAUGAGCACAACAGCCCUAUUGAGAAGUUUCUCAUUCAGUAUGAAGAUGCACUCCAUCAGCCCAGUGUCUGGCACAAUCUGACCGAGGUCCCGGGAACCAAGACCUACGCCCAUCUCAAGCUCUCCCCCUAUGUCCACUACUCCUUCAGGGUGCGGGCAGUCAACAGCGUGGGCUACAGCCAGCCCAGCUACCCAUCACGGCAGUACAAAACGGACCCGGCAGCUCCUGAUGAAAACCCUUCAAAGGUGGAAGGCUUUGGAACGGAGCACAACAACCUGGUGAUAUCGUGGAUGCCUCUGACGGGCCUGCAGUCCAAUGGACCGGGCCUGCAGUACAAGGUUAUCUGGAGGCAGCAGGACGUGGAUAAGGACUGGACGUCGGUGACGGUGGCCAACGUUUCCAAGUUUGUGGUGUCAGGCACGCCCACCUUCGUCCCAUACGAGGUGAAGGUGCAGGCAGUGAACGACUACGGCAGUGCGCCUGAGCCGGAGGCCGUGAUUGGCUACUCUGGAGAGGAUCUGCCCAUGGUGGCCCCAGACAGUGUUCAGGUGCUGGUGCAGAACAGCACGCUGGCGGAGGUGCACUGGGAACCUGUUCCCCCUGCCACGGUCCGCGGCCGACUGAAGGGGUACAAGGUGUACUACUGGAAGGAGAAGAGUCUGAACAAGCAGAACCACCACGAGGAGCAGCAGGUCCUCACCUUCAGCGGGAACAAGACCCACGGCAUGCUGCCGGGCCUCCACCCCUACAGCCUCUACACUGCCAACGUCCGCGUCUUCAAUGGCAAAGGGGAGGGUCCCCCCAGCUCCAACCAGCAGUUUGAGACUCCGGAAGGAGUUCCAGGGCCCCCUGCUUUCCUAAAGAUUACCAACCCCAAUCUGGACUCUCUCACCCUGGAGUGGGGCCCCCCCUUAGACCGCAACGGACGCUUGACCGGCUACACCCUCAAAUACCAGCCAAUAAACAACACCAAUGAGCUGGGGCCUAUCGAGGUGGUAGCUCUUCCAGCCAAUGAGACCAACUUUACACUGCUCAACCUUAAGUACAGCACGCGCUACAAGUUCUACUUCAAUGCUAACACUAUCAAGGGCUCGGGACCCAUUAUAACAGAGGAGGCGGUCACAAUUAUGGACGAGGUUCUUUUGCAUCCGCCCGCAGUAGAUGUGGGCAAAGGGUACACAGAGCCCCCACAUCCAAUCUCCCCUCUCACACAGUCUCUGGGCCCCCCGUUCCACAAGGUGCGCCCGGUUGGUCCAGCUUUUGGGAACGUUAGCUCGUCUGUGAGAGAGAACGGCGCAGUUAUCAGUUGGGAUUACUGGGGACCAGAUAAGAAUGUUUAUAUCGAAUAUAUUGUAGAGAACAGUAAAGAAGAUUGGAAAAAAGAGUUUGUUAAUGGCUCUCAGACCUAUCAGAUUAAGGGCUUAAAGCCGGGGACGUCCUAUAAGGUCCGAGUUGUUGCUAAAGAUCAGUCUGAUGAAACGGUUCACAGUACGGAGGAGUUGUUAAUAACUGUCCCAGCCAUGGCCAGCCGGCAGGUGGACAUCGCCACGCAGGGCUGGUUUAUCGGGCUCAUGUGCGCCAUCGCCCUCCUCAUCCUGGUGCUGCUCAUCGUCUGCUUCAUCAAAAGGAACAAGGGGGGCAAGUACCCAGUGAAGGAGAAAGAGGAUGCCCACGCCGACCCCGAAAUCCAGCCCAUGAAGGAGGAUGACGGGACCUUCGGGGAGUACAGUGACACUGAGGACCAUAAACCAUUACAAGGAAGCCGCACGCCGUCCAAUGGGACGGUAAAGAAAGACGACAGUGACGACAGUUUAGUUGACUACGGGGAAGGCGGAGACGGGCAGUUCAAUGAAGACGGAUCGUUUAUCGGACAGUAUAGUGGGAAGAAGGAGAAGGACACAGCCAAUGAGGGCAAUGAGAGCUCGGAGGCGCCCUCUCCCGUUAACGCCAUGAACUCUUUCGUGUAAGCGGGGACGUAGGAGUGGAUGCUGUGACUGUCCCCUCUCAUCUCACAGGCUCUCCAUUCGCACUGUGACCUCCCGCCAUGCAGACACGCCACUGUUAAAAACGCCAGAGCGUCACCGUCAAAACUAAAGCGCUAACGGUGAAAACAGGCAUUACCCUAAAGGAGGACAUUACCAUAAUCUCCCUCCCACACACACACACACACACACAUGCACACAUGCAAAGCAUUACCGUAAAAACAAAACCAUUAAAACAGAUAAAAACAUUACUUUAAAGACAGGCAUUACCGUAAACCACUCCCCUUUCACAAAAACAUUACUGUAAACAAAAACUUUACAGUAAAGAUAACAACAUUACUGUAAUCCCUCUCUUCCCCCAACAAAAACAUGCACUGGUGGAAAGAGUCGUUAUCAUAAAAAUGACGAGGGAGGGGUGGCUGAAGAGAACAGCGAUACAGGGAAACAGGAGGAAUGUACUUACAGAAAUGGAGUGCCUCGCCUCUGGGGAGAUUAAGAAGAGAGUAACGGUGUGUAGUUGCUGUUUUACAGUUUGCAAACAUGUAUUUUCUCAACAUGACCAAUUGGUGAUCAAACUAUAUUAAAACCCAACACCCUUCUAUCUGCCUCUGAUAUAGUGCAUGGAAAUAAAAAUCUUCUAUCAGACAUAAACAGAGCGUAUAGCGAAGAAGCAGUCAUUCAUUUUGACUAUACAGUGCAUAACUUUAUUUCGGUCUAUGCCUUCUGUUUUCCUGUCGAAGUGUUACAUUGGUAUUAUGGAAAAGGCAUCAAUGUCUUUGUGGACAUUGUUGUGAAAUGUGUGAUUAAAUGUAUAGUUAUUAUUAUAUGUCUUUUUUGCAAGACAGACAUUUUUUGUAUAAUAUUGCAGAAUGAAUAUAUAUUGACUGGACGUGAGGUUGAGCAUUGGGUUCUGGUCUCAGUAUAAAAUGACUAUGAGUAUAAAGUCACCCUUAUAUUUAAAUGCUUCCGCCUACUUUUUCACAGAUAAAAAAAAAAAACAAAAACAUAGCCAGGUCUGAUUCAGGUCGUUUCUGAUAUUUGUAUUUUCAUUCUCCAUCUUUUAUUACCUUUGACAUCAGAGAUGUUUUCAUGUUGCAAUUGCACUAAUGAAAAUAGGAGCUGGAACGCUGCAUGUCAAACGCUCAGAAACUCAUCCCCAUGGCUUCAUCCUUCAUCCGGCUGAGUGUGGCCCCCGCCCCACGACAGCAGCGCUGCACUGUCAGAUAGCCAUCCAGAGGGUCUUUUUCGGUGUGGUGCGCCCCCUAGUGCGCAGGCAUGUGGUUGCAGUCUCUGAACAUGGAGGCGCAGGGGUGUCCUUCUGUGUAUUGUGC